AGUACAGCGAGUUUCGCUUUUGACAUUGGCGACUUUCAAAUGACAUAUAUUUAUUGGACACAAAUAAAAAAUUUAAUUCAAUUUAAUGUGUGAAAAGCGCUAAUAAUAAAUGUGUAAAAUGCACUGAGGUUUGCCAAGAAAAUCCAACAUGAGAACCCGCAGCAAUUCUGGGGUUCGUUUGGACUAUUAUCAAAGGAUAGUGCAUAAACUAAUUUUAGACCAUCAACAGCCUGUUACUGGUCUUUUUCCUGCAAGUCCACACAAUGAUCAUGCAUGGAUCAGGGACAAUUUGUACUGUAUAUUGGCAGUUUGGGGGCUGUCCAUGGCCUUCAAAAAAAUUGCUGAUCAAGAUGAGGACAGAGCCAAAACAUAUGAACUAGAACAAAGCUGUGUAAAAUUAAUGAGAGGUCUCCUGAUGGCUAUGAUGCAGCAGAAAGAAAAGGUUGAGAAAUUUAAAACAACACAGCAUUCAUUGGAUUCACUCCAUGCUAAAUAUUCUUCUACUACAGGUCGCACAGUUGUCAAAGAUAAUGAAUGGGGACACUUGCAGAUCGAUGCGAUCUCUCUAUAUCUGCUUGUUCUGGCACAAAUGACAGCAUCUGGCUUACAAAUAGUGUUUUGUUUAGAUGAAGUAGCUUUCAUUCAGAACUUAGUAUUUUAUAUUGAGUCUGCUUAUUGCAUUCCAGACUAUGGAAUUUGGGAAAGGGGAGAUAAAACUAACCAUGGCCUACCAGAACUUAAUGCUAGUUCAAUUGGUAUGGCUAAGGCAGCAUUGGAAGCUAUGAAUGAGUUAGAUUUAUUUGGAGCCCGAGGAGGACCAUCAAGUGUGAUUCAUGUAUUGGCAGAUGAAGCACAAAAAUGUCAAGCUGUGUUGCAAUCUAUGCUUCCUAGGGAGUCUAACAGUAAAGAACUUGAUUCAGGAUUGUUAUCUAUUAUUAGUUAUCCUGCUUUUGCUGUUGAUGACCCCCAAUUAAUAGCUAAAACAAGAGAUACUAUUGUAACAAAGCUACAAGGCAAAUAUGGCUGUAAGAGAUUCUUGAGAGAUGGCCAUAAAACGCCUAGAGAGGAUCCAAAUAGACUGUAUUAUGAGCCAUGGGAAUUGAGAAUGUUUGAAAACAUUGAAUGCGAAUGGCCUUUAUUCUUUUGUUAUCUUAUUCUUGAUUACUUCUUCCAAGGUGACCAAGGCAAUGUUAAUGAUUAUAUGCACAAACUAGAAAAGAUUAUGAUAAGGAAGGAUGACGUUAAACUAGUACCAGAACUAUAUUCUGUACCAGCUGAUAAAGCUACUCAAGAACAAAGUGAUCCAGGAAGCCAAGACAGAAUACCACUCGGCAGAUGUCCAUUUCUGUGGGCACAGUCUUUAUAUAUAUUAGGAAAACUAUUGCAAGAGGGCUUUUUGGCUGUUGGUGAAUUAGACCCUUUGAACAGAAGAUUGUGUUCUGAAAAGAAACCAGAUGUAGUUGUCCAAAUUGUGAUACUGGCUGAAGACAAUGAAAUAAGGGAUAAACUCCUUGAAUAUGAUCUACACGUUCAAACUAUUAGUGAUGUGGCACCUAUUGAGGUUCAGCCAGCAAGAGUAUUAAGUCAUCUGUACACAUACUUAGGUAGAAAUAAAAAGUUGGGAUUAUCAGGAAGAAAGUCGCGUGAUGUGGGUAUAUUGAGCACAAGCAAGUUGUAUUCUUUGAAUGACCGUAUAUUUGCAUUUACACCACAGAAUUUCGACUACGAGGAGUACUACAUGUCGCGGGACCCGGCUUUACUCGCGAGCACAUUUACGGCGAACGUCGCCUUUCUAGGCAUGAGCUGGAAACAGAUGCUAGGACGACCCACCAUCACAUUACUUGCCACGCAGUAUUUGUUAGACCAGGGUAAGAUUCCAAUGGCUAUGAUAACAACAAUGAAAAAAUUGAAAUCAGGUUACAUUAAUGGUACUAGAGUGACAUUGGGAAAUCUUGGUGAUUUUCUCAGUACAUCUGCAAUUACCAAUUUGAGUUUUCUCGGAAGCCAGGAAGAUGGAUAUCCUGACAAGUUGAACCCGCAAGUACAGAGCUAUUUGGAGGAAUACCUAUUGAAGUCGUUCAGCAACAAGCUCAAUUACCUAUCGCGGCCAGUUGGCGCGCGUAACGUCCGCGCUCUGCGACGACGCAUGUCUGUGCGCGGCGCCAUCAAGAAAACGCGGUCCAUCAAUGUUGAUUCUGAAACGCUUGGCAUGGAAGGUGAAUACGUAGGCCCACCGCUGGAAAGGAAGCCAUCGUGGCUUGAGGUUGACCCACCUUCAGGACGCAGCCCGUCACCGGAAGAAGCUCGAAAGAAGGCAUUUUCGAAGGGCACAUCAACUGCCAGUUUAGGAGUCACUACUCCAACUAUUGAAAUAACUAAAGAAAAAACACCGUCUCCACCAAAAGAAGAAGCUGUAGUGAACAAAGUCCGUACACGAACGACAUCUGAGUCACAAACUAUGUACGCGGAGCAGGAGACAGACGAACUGAUCGCUAUGUUACGUGAAACAGAGAGCCUCGACGAACAAGGAGAUAUAUUACAAUACCUAGUGGACACACACGGACUGGAUUUCAACACUGGUAUGCUGGAAAGCGGCAAGAAUGUAACAGUGAAAGAUCUUCUUAAAGUUUUAUACGAGAAAGCUUGCACACAAAAACUAUGGGGUCUAGUUCGUCAUACGGCCGGCAUGUUGGGCAAACGCGUGGAAGACUUGGCUAAAGCCGUGACGGAUUUACUUGUAAGACAGAAACAGAUCACUGUCGGAAUGCCACCGAAGAACGAGCAUACCAUCACUGCACCAUUGCCUGAGAACGAACUCAGACAGCUGAUACACUUAGCGUACGGCGACGAUGAGAGUACGGCGAUGUUGACGCAGGAACUGUUGGUAUACCUGGCGAUGUUCAUACGUACCGAGCCGCAACUAUUCUUGGAAAUGCUCAGACUCCGGGUCGGACUUAUUAUACAGGUAAACAGGUUUAUUUUUAUACUAGCUUUCGCCAGCGGCUUCGCCCGCGUGGACCCUAGGGAAAUGUUCAGUGGGAUACUGAGUCAGCUAAUACCCUAUCUGUAUACCAAAUUUCAUCAAAAUCCGUUCAGUAGUUUCGGCGCGAUUGACCGACAAACAUCCAAACAAAGAAACUUUUACAUUUAUAAUAUUAAUAGGAUAUCCAAAUCUAUAUAUACCAGUGACUUCGCAGACCAAAUCACAGUUGCACAAACGUCUAAAUAUACUCGAUCCAAAUAUAUUCAGCACCAAAACCGAUUAUUCGACCGAAUACAAAUAGUGAAAAUAUCAAACGAAUAUUAAAAAUGUAUUAUUUUACAUUUCGCAUCAAUUUAUUAUGAAACAAUACGUAUACGGGUAUAGACAGUAAACGAAAAUAAAUACUAUUACCGAUUAUCACACUUUUAUUAGUAUUUUAUUUAAAAUAUUGCUUAAUGUAAUAAUAACUGAAAAACAAAUAUUUUAUACUCGUUGUCACGUGACCGUAAACAGCGCGUGACGUCAAGUCCCUCUUACCUAUAUCAGUACUUAGAGAGUUCAACUAUGUAUAUUAUACAUAGAACGAUAUUAAUUUCUGAGUACUGUGACGUCAUAGCGACACCAUAACAGAAGUGGCGCUUUAGCGGGAAAUUUUAAAAAUUAAAUAUAUUUUUACAUUUUACCUUAUAAAAAGAGUUGUCUACACUCCUAUUAGGAUGCUUCCAGUGAAGGCCCAAUGGUUCAGAGGGCAUUGGUUAAGAACCGCUGAUCUAAGACUUUAAAUCAAAACUUUGAAAAAAAAAAACGAUUUCGUUAUAUUCAUAGUUCUUUAUUUCAAUCAUUAACGAAAGGACGACUCUACACUCGCGAGCUAUCGUAAUCUUGGUGAUGCCCAUAGCGAUAUUAACAUUACAUUGUAUAUAUUAACC